AUGUCCACCAUUAAUCAUCAGUGUCUCCUCAAUUUUCCUCAUAUUCCACCGCCGGUUUAUCGGCCGAAACUUGUUCUGCCUCCGCUAUCUCUUUCUUCUCUCUCGCUCUAUGGAAAACCUGAGCGCCUCUUUUCCGUCUCUGCGUCUCUGUCUCUUUCACCAGUCACCAUCAAAGAGCGUUCUUCCUCAUCUUCUUCUUCGUUCGGAAGUGAAGAAUCGGGAGAGAUUGAAUCUGUCGUUGAUGGGUUUUUCUAUCUGCUUCGCUUGUCGGCUCAGUACCAAGACGUCGAGGUAACAAAGGCCGUGCACGCUUCGUUUCUAAAGCUCAGAGAAGAAAAAACCAAUCUUGGAAAUGCCCUGAUCUCAACGUACCUCAAGCUAGGGAUUGGUGUCGAUAGCUUUACGCUUUCAACGCUUUUGAGCUCUUGUACUGAUUCGUGUGACUCAAUGAGAGGCAGAGAACUUCAUGCUCGUGCAGUUAGAGUAGGUCUGAAGCAAGAGUUGAGUGUGAAUAACUCUCUGAUUGGGUUUUAUGCUAAAUGUGGGGAUAUUAAAAAGGUGGAGAAUUUGUACGAGAUGAUGACUGUGAGAGAUGGCUUUACUUUGACGGAGAUGAUCACAGCUUACACGACAUUUGGAAUGGUGGAUUCUGCUGUCGAGAUGUUUGAGAAGAUACCUGAAAAAAACGCUAUUACCUAUAAUGCUCUAAUGGCUGGGUUGUGUAGAAACGGGCAUGGCUUGAAGGCACUAAUAUUGUUCACCGAAAUGCUGCGGAGAGGUGUUGAGUUGACGGAUUUCAGUUUAACAAGCGCUGUGGACGCUUGUGGUUUAGUUUCAGAGAAGAGAGUAAGCGAACAGAUUCACGGGUUUUGUAUAAAGUUUGGAUGUGCUUCGAAUCAGUGUAUCCAGACAGCAUUGCUUGAUAUGUGCACAAGGUGUGGGAGGAUGUCAGAUGCUGAGGAGAUUUUUGACCAGUGGCCUUCGAAUCUGGAUAUCUCCAAGGCAACGACGUCAAUGAUCGGUGGCUACGCUCGGAACGGCUUACCUGAAAAGGCUCUGUCUCUGUUCCAUCGCACUCUCUGUGAAGAGGAAUUGGUGUUAGAUGAAGUUUCGUUGACUUUGGUUCUUGCGAGAAUCAAGAGAGAGAUGAGAGACGAAGAUGUUGAUGGCAAGUGUAGAAUUAUGUCUGCAUGUUCCUCAGCUAAACUCUUUCUCUUCAUGGUUCCUCUUGUCCUCGUUUCUGGUUUCGUUUGUGUAAAUUUUGGUCCUAAAAAUUCAACCUCUUUCUUAACCUCUUUGUCCACUACCCACCUAUCUCCUCAUCUUCCUCCUUCUCCAUCUCUUCCUCCGGCGCCGGCAGCGGCACCAUCUCCCCAGCAGGCGAUGACGGAAGUGUCGUUGCCAACAUCAUCUUUAUCGGCUAAAGUGGAAUUUGUUCAGGGUGAUUAUAAUCAGACAAUUCAACUGAACCCGACCAACAUUACUUCAGUGAGUUAUAACGUCACUUCUACGGCAUCAUCGGAACUAAAAAAGAAGAGAGUUGCUAGCAAUCUAGAGAAGAUCGAAUUCGAGCUACAAAAGGCUCGACUCGCCAUAAAAGCCGCUUCUAUGGACGAUCCCGUGGACGACCCGGACUAUGUACCUCUUGGUCCUAUGUAUUGGAACGCUAAGGUCUUUCAUCGGAGCUACUUGGAGAUGGAGAAACAAUUCAAGAUAUUUGUGUACAAAGAAGGCGAGCCACCUUUGUUCCAUGACGGUCCAUGCAAAAGCAUAUACUCUAUGGAAGGAAACUUCAUGUACGAGAUGGAAGCGGAUACGCGUUUCCGUACUAGUAAUCCUGACAAGGCACACGCCUUUUACUUACCACUUAGUGUCGUCAAGAUGGUAAGAUAUGUCUAUGAACGCAACUCUCACGAUUUCAGCCCCAUCCGAAAAACCGUCAGGGAUUACGUCGAUCUCGUCAGCGAUAGAUACCCGUUUUGGAACCGUAGCAUCGGAGCUGACCAUUUCAUGCUUUCUUGCCACGACUGGGGUCCUGAGGCAAGUUUCUCUCAUCCUCAUCUAGGACAAAAUUCUAUCCGAGCUCUUUGCAAUGCCAACACGUCGGAGAGAUUCAAACCGACAAAAGAUGUUUCAAUACCGGAGAUCAAUCUUCGGACCGGAUCCUUGAAAGGAUUAAUCGGAGGCCCGUCGCCUUCCACCCGUCCGAUCCUUGCCUUCUUCGCAGGAGGUGUACACGGACCGGUUAGGCCGGUUUUGCUUCAGCAUUGGGAGAACAAAGAUAAUGACGUCCGAGUCCACAAGUAUCUCCCCAGAGGAACGUCUUAUUCGGACAUGAUGCGGAACAGCAAGUUCUGUAUAUGUCCGAGUGGUUACGAGGUUGCAAGCCCGAGGAUCGUCGAAGCCCUCUACUCGGGUUGCGUCCCGGUUCUGAUAAACUCAGGCUACGUUCCUCCGUUCAGCGAUGUGCUGAAUUGGAAAUCGUUCUCGGUGAUCGUUUCCGUGGAAGAGAUACCGAAUUUGAAGACGAUCUUGAUGUCGAUAUCGCCGAGACAGUAUCUAAGGAUGUACCGGAGAGUGUUGAAGGUCAGGCGACACUUUGAGGUGAAUUCUCCGGCUAAGAGGUUUGAUGUGUUUCAUAUGAUUCUUCAUUCGAUUUGGGUAAGGAGGUUGAAUGUGAGGAUCCGUGAGGUCUAAGUUUUUGGGUCGGUUUGUGGGUUUUUGUCUGUUUGAGGUGUGAAAUUAAAGUAAUUGAAACGUUCGGGCUUGUAAAUUACAAUUGAGCAUUUUUCAUGUCAAGUAAGCUGUGUUUUCUCUUUAUUAAUUUUGUAAUAAACAAAUAAUACAAAUAAUUAUAUACGCAUAUUUUUUUCCUUUGUUGAAA